AUGAGAUUUGCACCUAUUUUUAUUGGAACGGCGUUGGCCAGUUCGUUAUCUUCACUUAUGGUUAUAUAUCCUGACAGCUUCCAAUACUACAAUGAUUUAGUGAAUGUGGCACAUGAACUUGAUGGGACUAUAACGCAUGAAUAUACAUUAUUCAAUGGGUUUAGUUUGGAUUUGCCAGAAGAGUUUGUCGCUAAAUUCAAGGAAAUGAACCAACAUUUUAAUUGGGGGCUUGAAAUAGAAGAAGACCAGGAGGUUCAUGCGUUAGGUGGGCUGAAAGAACAUGCUGUUUGA